AUUGUCAAAUGAAAACACUCGGCUUUAUGGAAACCGCUGAAAUGAGGAGUACAAGGAAACGUUCAUAAUUAUGCGAUAUUUCACUAUGUGGUGGCUAAAUCAUAGGAUUUCCUUGUCUUAACAAAAGUUUUUUCUCUAUUUUCUAUGACAUAAGAGUUUUUUACGAUGCCUUCGUCUUACCAUUGGCAAAGCAAAGGAAAUGUCAAAUCCAGUGGAGUCGAGGACAUGGUGCUGCUGCCAAAGAUUCAAGAAGCAGCUAUCGUGGAAAACCUUAGAAAACGCUACUUGGACGAUCUCAUAUUUACCUAUAUUGGCCCAGUAUUGGUUUCUGUCAAUCCUUUCAAACAGAUGCCAUACUUCACUGACAAAGAAAUUGAACUUUAUCAAGGCGCAGCCUCCUAUGAAAAUCCUCCUCAUAUAUAUGCCCUCACAGACAACAUGUACAGAAACAUGUUGAUUGACCAUGAGAACCAGUGUGUGAUUAUAAGUGGAGAAAGUGGAGCAGGAAAGACUGUUUGUGCAAAGUUUAUUAUGAGUUAUCUUGCCAAGGUUUCAGGAGGCGGAGAAAAUGUGCAGAGAAUAAAAGAUAUUAUAUUGGAGUCAAAUCCUCUCUUGGAAGCAUUUGGGAAUGCCAAGACUGUCAGGAACAAUAACUCAAGCAGAUUUGGAAAGUAUGUAGAGAUUCAAUUUACAAGAGGAGGGCAACCAGAUGGUGGGAAAAUAUCCAAUUUUCUUCUGGAAAAGUCACGGGUGGUCAUGCAGAACUCAACAGAAAGAAGCUUUCACAUAUUUUACCAAAUUCUCAGUGGGGCUUCUUCUGAAGACAAAGGAAAGUUUGGUCUAACAGAUCCAUCAUAUUAUUACUACCUUAAUCAAAGUGGAACAUAUACCGUAGAUGGUACCAAUGACUCUCAGGAGUAUGAAGAAACAAGGAAAGCCAUGGAUGUGAUUGGCAUCAGUGAUGAGAAUCAAGCUGAUUGUUUGGCAAUAGUGGCUGGGGUGCUUCACAUAGGUAACAUCUGUUUUACUGAGGAUGGUAACUAUGCUGUUCCUGCUGAUGAUGAAUUUUUACAGUACCCUGGAUAUUUGUUGGCAGUAGAACCAAGUUUACUCAAAGACAAACUUACAAGCCGUGUAAUGGACAGCAAAUGGGGAGGAAAAUCUGAAAUCAUUAACAUGAAGCUAAAUGUUGAACAAGCCUGUUACACAAGAGAUGCACUUUCCAAAGCCUUAUACUCCAGGCUGUUUGACUACCUUGUUCAAUCUGUGAACAAAGCUAUGCAGAAGGAUUAUGUUGAGCUGACAAUUGGUGUACUUGAUAUUUAUGGAUUUGAAAUCUUCCAGAAAAAUGGUUUUGAGCAGUUUUGUAUCAAUUUUGUCAAUGAAAAACUUCAGCAGAUCUUCAUUGAAUUGACACUUAAGGCAGAACAGGAAGAAUAUGUAGAAGAAGGAAUCAAUUGGACGCCUAUUGAUUAUUUCAACAACAAAAUUGUUUGUGACCUGAUUGAGACUAAGCGUCCCCCCGGAAUUCUUUGCGUAAUGGAUGAUGUCUGUGCUACAAUGCAUGCAGUGGGAGAAGGUGCUGAUGCAACAUUGUUAGAGAAAUUGGGCAAUUCAGUGGGAACACAUCAACAUUUUCAAUCUUGUAGUGGUGGAUUUAUUAUCCAUCACUAUGCUGGGAAGGUUUCUUAUGACUGUGGUGGUUUUUGUGAAAGAAAUCGUGAUGUACUCUUCAAAGAUUUGAUUGAACUCAUGCAGUGUAGUCAAAAUCCUUUUAUCGCUUCACUUUUCCCUGAUGACAUUAAAAGUGAAAAAAGAGGAAGACCAACAACAGCUGGUGCCAAGAUUAAGGCACAAUGCAACACUCUUGUUGAAAGGCUUAUGAAGUGCACUCCACAUUACAUCCGUUGCCUCAAGCCUAAUGAAACGAAAAGAGCUCAUGACUGGGAGGGAGACCGCGUCAAGCAUCAAGUGGAAUACCUUGGGCUGAAAGAAAACAUUCGUGUUCGUCGAGCUGGCUUUGCAUAUAGGAGACCAUUUGAUAAGUUUCUACAAAGAUAUGCAAUCUUGACUAAAGAGACGUGGCCUAAAUGGAAAGGAGAGGUCAGGCAAGGUAUCACGCAUUUGAUGAAUGCCGUCAAUAUGGAGAAAGAUCAGUGGCAGCUUGGCAAAUCCAAAGUAUUCAUCAAAGCACCAGAGUCGUUGUUUUUGCUAGAAGAACUCAGGGAGCGUAAAUUUGAUGGAUAUGCCCGUCGAAUCCAGAAAGCAUAUCGAAUGUACAAACAUAGACAGUAUUUCGCAGAGCUUAAACAGCAAGCCUCAGAUAUUUUGUUCAACAAGAAAGAAAGGCGGCGGUGCAGUAUCAACCGUAAUUUUGUUGGAGAUUACAUUGGAUAUGAUGAAAAUCCAGCUCUAAGAAGCUUAGUUGAAAAGCGAGAGAGAAUAGAGUUUGCCGCGACUGUUAACAAGUACGACCGUCGCUUUAAACCAACCAAGAGAGACCUACUAUUGUCUAGCAAGCACAUAUAUCUGAUUGGACGAGAGAAGGUCAAGAAGGGUCCAGAGAAAGGCAGAGUGUUUGAAGUAAUUAAGCGAAAGCUAGACAUCAAGUCGGUUGUUUCCGUUUCUCUCAGUCAUUUGCAGGACGACUUUCUAGUUCUCCACUUGCCAGAUUACGAUAGCGUUCUAGAAACUGUUUUUAAGACAGAAUUUCUUACUCUACUGGCCUCCAAGUAUGAAGAUUCAACUAGUAAACAAUUGAAGAUAGACAUUUCAGGAAGCAUCACUUUUAGUGUCAAGAAGGAGGGUUGGGGUGGCGGAGGAUCAAGAGCCAUCACCUUCUCAAAGGGCGAUUCAGAGUUCCCGCUCAUGAAAGCAUCAGGCAAAACUCUUAAUGUCAGUAUAGCAACAGGGUUACCAAAGGAAACAAGGCCAGGGAAAUUGCCAACGAAGAUAAGCCACAGUCCAGCCAAACCACAUCGGGGUGCACCUAGAGCCCCGUCUAGCGCAGCAUAUGCGCGUCCUCAUAAUCGUUCACGUAGCGCCUCCAACGCUUUUAGACAGUCUUCUAUCCAGCCUCAUCUUCCAUCCUCUGGAGCACAACAUUUAGCCAAAGGACAGGCACAAGUUGAUGUUCAUUCUGGCUUUAUGAUGACACCAGAAUCUGGAGUUUGUGGAUUCAACCGUUCCAACCCUGGGCCUGGUAAAGUCCAACGCAUUCCAAACCGUGGCUGUGUAAGCUAUUCCGCCGGAAGUGGUAGAGUCAUUGAACGAGUGAAAGCAGUACGCGCUAAAUCUGUAUCGUUUGGUGAGAGUGAUUCGAUGCAAAAAGAGAGAGCCCAGCGACAUUUUGAAGCAGUAAGGGCAACCCUACAAGACGCAGGCGAGGAUACACCCGGAGAUGUUGGUGAAACUCUGCAGUCACAACCGCAGCGAGGCAAGUACAGAGAUUUAGACUUCGUCAAAGCCAUUACAGAAAAUAUCCAAAUCAAAAAUGCGAGUGCAGGAUCAAAACCAAACGUCCAGUACCAUAAAGAUGCGUACCCUCCAACUACUAUCGAAAUUUGCAGCACCGAUUUUAAUGAAACUUGUUCAACUAAAAAGUUAGCAGAUGGAAUAGCAAAGCAACGCGUUGGCUUAUCGCAUAAUGACGGGAACCAAGUAUUCUAUACUGAAUAUGGGAGACAGAGAUCGACAGAUGACACGACCAGGCUACAAUCUAGAACUGGAACCUUGCCACACUUUGAUUGUAACGAAAAGACAAAAGGCUCAAGAACACGGCGGCUUCCUAGACCUGCAACAGCUCACGAGCUUACUUUGGCUAGUUUUGCAUCCACUGCGAACGAUAUGAAUGCGUACAAGAGUAGCCAGAUGGCUUACGGUACGCUACCUUCUAAACACCGUUCAUGCCGACCGGUCACGACCCAUGAGUGUACGUUUGCUGAUUAUUACAGUCAAAGUUACUUAGAGAGAUCUAUGUUGAACUGUAGACAAGACAAUGGUAGUCGUGAUUUUAAUAUUUUACAGAAGCAGGGAGCACAGGUGCGUCAAGCGACUAUUCCUCAUGGAUAUCGAACAGCUAGCUAUCGAAUGGCUAUGACGGGCCAAAAGCAUAACAAAGUACUACGAGAUGUUACGAAAUUAACCCAUGAAACUAUCAGUGAAGCAACACAUUUAAGCGGCAUUGAAAAACAAGCUUCGUGCAAUGUUGUGUCAUCCGGUCAUCGCACAAAGAGUAAACUAACUAAGAAUGAUGAUUAUGUGAGCAUGGAAAAUCUGCAUGCUACUUCACCUAUUGCGGCAAAGCAAGACUCCGUAGCCGAUGUGCAUUAUUCCUUGGCUCAUUUCUCUAUUGACAAAGAUGGCAGGGAAGGUGACGAUGCACGAAGACGAGCCGUAAGCAUCGAUUAUUCCAAGAAAUCCGUUUCAGUCCCUACGAGUGGAACUAAAAAAGCACCACUGAAAAGUAUUUUAAAGAAUCCUACCAAGCAUACAGAAGUAAAUAGUAAAAGCGGAGCUUCCACUUUUAACGCAAAACAGAUACCCCACAUAAAAUCAUCAUCUUCUAGUUCGAAUGAUGGAAAUGUUCCUACUGUAGAAAAGAAUGGUAUUUUCUUGACUUCUUUUCCGGUUACCCCUAAUAAGCCAGUUACAGAGAAGAUUAUUUCCAAAGAAGAAGACUUCACUUUAGAAACCGCGGGAAGUAAGAACGUAUUGCAUCACAAAGCAUUAAUUCAUCAUUCGGGUGAUGAAUCAAGUAAAACAACUGUAGCGGAGUGUCGCGACACUAAUAACAAAUCUCCCAAGAAAACGUUUUUAGAGAAGACUGACACUGCAGCAGAUGCACACGACGUAUGUACCGAAAGUGUACACCAAGUAAUCCGCUCUGAUUCAAAAGUUGAUGAUUCUUGUUUAGACGUUGUGAAACCCAUUUGGCCUGCUCCUCCGCCACCUUUACAAGGCGCUCUGACAAGGAAUACCUCUUUCAAGUGUGACGAAAAUAGAGCAACUUUAACACGCUCAAAAAAAAGACGUGCUCCACCCGUGCCAUCUAAGGACUUGCCUUCAAGAGGAAUAGGAGACUGUAACUCACAGUCGCAGAAAACUAAAGAGUAUGGUGGCAAUGUAACUGAUGCUCAAACUAAUACUAUGGAAGAAAAAAAGAAGGAAGAAGGGGGACCGCCUGAGAGAAAUGGAGAAUUAAUCAAAUACCUACGAGAAAUUGCAAGUCGUGCCAUGGAAAUGGCAUCUGACGUACCUCUUGAUUCUAAGGAGAAAAACAGUGAUGCUGGUGCGACGAAUCCUGAUUAUGUCAACUAUGAUUGGUAUAAUCAGUAUUAUGCGAAUCACGGUAUCAAUAAUUUAAAUGCUUCAUACUCUGAAGAUGACUACUUCAGUGAUGACGAAUUUGAUGAUGAUUUUGACGGUGAUGAUAGUGAGCUUGAUGAAACUGACUUUCACGAAAGCGUCCAAAGAGAUUCUUCCAGGAAGAAAACUCGCCCUCCAGCACCAAACAAGCCCCGGCUGCCUCCUAAACCAACGCCCUGCCUUCCAAAAUGUCGAACUCUUUACCCGUACGAUGCUUCAGACGUUGACGAAUUGACUUUCCAACCAGGCGAUAUAAUUGAAAUCGUUAAAGAAGACGCAUCUGGUUGGUGGACUGGAAAGCUGAAGGGCAAAGAAGGACUUUUUCCUUCCAACUACAUAGAAAAGAUUUGAAAAAGUGUAUGAAAGAAGCCAAAACUCUCCCACGCUAGCAUGGAAAAUAGAUAGAUUUCUCAUUUGUCUUCAAAAUAUUGCUUUAACGCUAGCGUAGAGGCAGUAAUAUUCGUAGUUUAUGGCUACACCAAUGUUCAAUGUCUAACUAUUGGUAGAUGCAAUACACGUCCUAAAUGAUGCAAUAACAUUAAUCGAAUUUUAAAAGUUUUAUUCUUAAUUAUUUUAAGCAUUCAAUCGUUUGCAGAAAUCAGUAUAUUUAUUGGCAAGGGACCGUUUAUAUUGAGAAAGCUUGUCCCUGGUGGGCGAGCUAACUUUUCCAUAUUUUCUUUGUAAAAUUCAUCUCGACCGUUCAUAUGAGAUAUUUAACUAUGCCUAGGCUAGAAGGGCCACCGUCUCUGCGAAAGAGGGUGACCCUGGACAACUUUUUCGUUUGAGCAUGCGUAUCUCCAUUGAAACCGAUAGUUGUCCCGGGUUUAUAGGGACAACUUCUCUCCAUAUAAACGCUCGAUAUAGUUGGCUCGAGUAGCAGGGACAAGUUUUCUCCAUGUAAACGGCCCCUUAGUCAGGAAUUUACAUUAAGAACUCCGGCAAUGAAGCUAAUAAUUAGCUAAUAAUUUCUGUGAAAAAGGGCCAUAGCAAUGGUUUUUGAGUUAAUUAAAAAAUGUUUCAUAAAUA